UUGAUCGGAUCAUGUUCGCUCACUGUGGGCACUGAAACGCGGCGUUCGGAGCGGCGCUGACUCUUCGAUGCCUGCUGCUUCGAUUUCCUCCCCGCUUUCUCUUAAUAGAUGCCGCUGUUUGAUCCGAUUCUCCCCUGCGCUUUCUUUUCGCCGGUGCCAUGAUUAGACAAGAGAGCUCGUCAUCUUAUCAAGAGCUAAAUGAAGAUAUGGAGUGUGGAUCUGCAAAUUCUGAACCAUUAGAUGAAGAGGGUAAGGAAGAUACCAGUUCAACCAUCCUUCCAGUCCUAGAUGGUGGCAGCCCUUCAGUGCAUUUCAGCAAGUCCUGCCUGAAGAACGUCUUCUCCGUAAUACUUCUCUUCAUAUAUUUGGUGCUUAUGGCAGUGGCCAUUUUUUUGGCCUAUCAAACCAUUGCUGACUUUAGGGAAAAACUCAAGCAUCCAGUGAUGUCCGUCUCAUUCAAGGAAGUGCACUCUUACGAUGCUCCUGGUAUUGCCCUCUACCCAGGCAAGGCUGAACUGCUAACCUGCAAGCAUCACUUCUACGAUUACAUUCCACCUUUGGUCAACCCAGGCCAGCCAGGGAAAAUUGAUUGCGUUACCCAGAGAAUCAACUACACAGAUCCAUUUACUAAUGCAACCAAGAAAUAUGCUGUGAUUGUCAAAGGACCCCAAAAUGUGAAGAAACGGGAAUUGGUCUUCAUGCAGUUUCAUCUGAAUGAGACUGAUCAGGAUUUCAGUGCGAUAGAUUAUCUUCUUUUUUCUUCAUUUCAAGAUUUUCUCAACAGCCCAAACAAAUCGGAAUUUAUGAAGGUGUGUGAGAGUUCCUAUUCCAGUUGGAAAUUCUCUGGAGGCUUCCGAACUUGGGUCAAAAUGUCUUUGGUGAAAACUAAAGAAGAAAAUGGUUUGGUGGCAGUUGAAUUCAGGCAGGAGAUUAGUGUGGUUAAUUACAUUGAACGAAGGACAAAAGCUGACACUGACCAGCUAUUUUUUGUGGUGUUUGAAUGGAAAGAUCCUUUUAUUCAGGAAGUUCAAGAUAUUGUCACUGCAAAUCCUUGGAACAUGAUUGCUCUUUUGUGUGGUAUAUUCCUGGCUUUGUUUAAAGCAGCCGAUUUUGCCAAACUGAGUGUGAAAUGGAUGAUAAAAAUCCGAAAACGGCAUCUCAAGAGAAAAACUCAAGCCUUGAACCAUAUAAGUUGAAAACAAUGUGCUUCACAGAUUU